AUGGUGUUUGGGCGCAAGUCGAAGAAGGGCCGGUCAUCGUCCGGAGGUGGCAAGGCUGCAGGGGCGGUGGCGGCAACUAGGGGUUGCACCUUUGGGGUGGAGAUGAAGGACCACAUGGCGUGGGCGCGGUCCAAGGGCUACAAGGACAACGUGCCGCCGAUUAUCAAGCAGACGGUACAGUUCCUCUCGCGCGAGUCGUGCAUCAAGCUCCCGGGCCUCUUCCGCAAGGCUGGUGACUUUGCAGAGGCCAAGGUCAUCCGCAAGGCGUAUGAGACCAACGGCAUGGUCAACCUCGACUCGAUCCGCGACGAGCAUACCAUGGCCAAGACGCUCAAGGACUACCUCCGCGAGCUGCCUACCCCGCUCAUCCCGUACGAGCUCUACCCGGUCUGUAUCGACAUGCAGCGGACUGUCAACGACCCGGACGCCAAGCGCGACGCCGUCCGCGAGCUCAUGCAGUCGCUCGACCCGCUCGCCCGCACCACCCUCAAGUAUCUUCUCUCCUUCUUCCGCAAAGUCUCGCAGCACUCGGACGACAAUCUCAUGACUCCGUCCAACAUUGCUCUUGUUAUCGGGCCCAACAUUCUCCGCACCACUGAUCUCGGCACAGAGGUCCGCAACACCGGUUUUGUAGCCCAGUUUGUGACCGAGCUCAUAACCCUCAAGUUCUGCCCCUCGUCUACAAAGUAUUCGGCGGCGUCGGCGUCCGCCCCGUCCCCGAGCUACUCGUCGGAUCACGCCACUGCUGGCGUCGACUACCUCGACGACGAAUCUGAUGACGACGAUGACUUUGAUCUCGACGCCCUCGUCUCCAACACCGCACGCAUGUCGGGCUCCCAGGUCGCCAUGCCGUGUCGCCACUCCGAGAAUGGCGCCGUGUGGUAA